CCCCGUCCUCAGCGAAACAACUGCCGACGCCAUGUUAGCUUCUCAUUCGCUUCCGGGCUGGGAAAUCCGCUUCCGCUACCGGGAGCUCUACUUCCGGGUCCUGCUUACAAUUCAAAGAGUGGCGGGAGCAGUACCAGGCAAUUGAUAGCAUGUGUUGAUGGCUUUAAAAAAGCUAUCCCUCUCGCUGCUUUCCAUGGAGAGUGAUUCUGAGGAAUUGCCCACAUUUGCCUUUCUGAAGAAGGGACCAUCUUCAGCUGACAGGAAUCAGCCUCACAAGGAGAAUGUAGUGGUUGUCACCUCAGAUUCUGAGGCCUCCUGUCCUCCAUCACCAGGCUUGAAAGAUCCGCCAUUUGUCCCAGACACAGCUGAAGCUCCCACACAAGCAGGGCCAGUCAGGGUGCUGAGCAGUGAAAGUGAAGAGGAAGAUAUAUUUGUCCCCCUGGCUGAGAGGAUCACAUGUAAGUUUUUGACGCAUAAGCAGCUGAGCCCAGAGCCCUCUAGCUCCUCACUUAAAACUGUGUCGAAUCAUCAGAAUAUAAGUGGACCAUGUGACUGGAAAAAGCAGCCAAUUUCAGAGACCCCAGAUGUUCCUCUUAAUGACACCUUGGAGAAAAGCCCAGCAAAGGAUGGGGACUCUGUCUUAGACAGUUCUAGCCAACAGCUUCCAGCUUACCAGUCUGUCUGCAGGGAGCUGGCAGUAACCAAAACAGUUCCUGAUAUCCCUCUGCCGCAGAAGAGAACCAAGCACAGUCAGAAGGUCCAGAGAAGCGGCUCUCAGGGAUGCUGGCAGCAAAGACAGGCAAGCAGGCAGGAAAACGCCCCAAGCCAACAUGAAAAUAAAAAGAAGGCAGUGAUGGUCAACAGACUGAAAGCCCAGAGGCCUGAGGAAUGCCUGAAGCACAUUGUGGUGGUGUUGGAUCCAGCGCUUUUGCAGAUGGAAGGUGGAGGCCAGCUCCUGGGAGCACUACAGUCCAUGGAGUGCAACUGCGUGAUUGAAGCCCAGGCUGUGGCUCGAAGUAUCACUUGGAGGAGGAGGACAGAGCUGGCAGAGGAUGGAGAAGGCUGGCUGGAAGAACCAACCAUCCUGGUGUUGCUCCUGGCAGAGGCCUUCAUGUCCAUGGUGUACAAUUUAAAGCAGGGAAGUCCGGGAAGUACCAAGAAAGGGAAGGAUACACUUGAGGGCUUUGUAACUGAUGUCACAGCAAGGACAGGGAAAGCAUUGUCACUGGUAAUUGUGGACCAGGAGAAAUGCUUCAGGGCUCAGAAUCCUCCAAAGAGAAGGAAAUCAGGAAUGGCAAAGAAACAGGCCAAAGAGAAGCAGCAGAAGAGACAAGAGUCUAACACAAGACUCAUGAUGUCCAGGGUAGACAUGGAAGAGGCUUUGGUGGAUCUGCAGCUACAUACAGAGGCCCAGGCUCGGAUGGUGCAGAGCUGGAAAGAGCUGGCUGACUUCGCCUGUGCGUUUACAAAGGCUGUGGCUGAAGCGCCCUUCAAGAAGCUCCGGGAUCAAACCAGCUUUUCCUUCUAUCUGGAGAAAGACUGGGCUGGAGGGAUGAAAGUGGACCAAGCUGGUAGGGGACUUGCACUGAUCUGGAGGAGGCAGAUUCAGCAGCUGAACCGAGUCAGUUUGGAAAUGGCCAGUGCUAUUGUGGAUGCCUAUCCCUCACCACAGCUCUUGGUACAGGCUUAUCAGCGGUGUUUUUCGGAGCAAGAACGCCAGAAUUUGCUGGCCAACAUACAGGUACGCCGUGGAGAAGGUGUGACAUCCACCUCCCGCCGUGUUGGGCCAGAACUAUCCAGGCGGAUCUACCUUCAGAUGACCACACUGCAACCAGAUCUCAUCUUAGACAAUGUUGACUGAUGUCCCGUGGCAAGAGGAUUAAAGAUUCCCCAUCCUUGGUAUGUGACA